UUUUGUUGAGUUUGAUUUGAUGACGAAAUAUAUCUUGUUAGAAGAGCCGCUAAGUUUAAUUUAGUUUAGUGUUAGAAGUCAAAACUAGUUUAUCGGACGCGUGUUUUAUAAUCAUUUUGGUGGUUCGAUUGCGUUAAAAUGUCGAAAUGGUGGAACUUAGUGCUUGGGAUAGCUUUGUUUUCUUUGCUAUUUCUCGCGAUCCCUCUUAAUUACAACGCGAAGCGGACUAAAGAGCAAAUGAAGCCAAUGUUCGAUGAUUACAUUGAGAAGUUCAACAAAAGUUAUAAAAACAAUCCGGACGAGUACGCGUUGAGAUUCGAGCAUUUCAUGGUUUCAAUGAGUGAGAUUGAUCGUUUGAACUCUGAGACGAGAGGGCCGGAUCACCUUCGAGCGCGUUAUGGACCAACUAAACUAUCAGAUAUGUCUGCUGCGGAGUACAAAGACCUGCAUUUGUCAGAUGAAAAACUGACGAAGGCGCCAGCUAUGUAUGGCAAGGGCUGGGGCACCAGCAAUAAAAGGGACAAGUACAGAACAGACAAUAGGCAUGAUUAUGACAACAUAGAUGUUAUUAUUAGGAAAAGGAGAGCUAUAUUGCCCAUGCAGGUUGAUUGGCGGACAAAAGGCGUGAUCGGUCCUAUAAGGAACCAGGGACUCUGCGGCGCGUGUUGGGCCUUCAGCACCAUUGGCACUAUGGAAUCCAUGGCUGCCAUCACCACUGGGAAGCUGCAGCCUUUGAGUGUCCAGGAAGUGAUCGACUGCGCCUCGCUAGGCAACGCAGGUUGCGCGGGAGGCGACAUCUGCCUCCUGUUGGACUGGCUGACUCUGACCAAGACGCCGGUCGUGAGGGACUCAGAGUACCCGCUUAUGCUCAUGAAUGGAGUCUGCAAGGCCAAGAAGAACGCUACUGGAGUGCGGGUGUCUACGUUCACUUGUGAUGAUUUCGUGGGAGCCGAGCAGAAGAUCUUAGAGGCGCUGGCGACCCAUGGGCCGGUGGCGGUGGCUGUGAACGCAUUGUCCUGGCAAAACUACCUGGAUGGCGUCAUACAGUACCACUGCAGUGGAGACCCAGCAGACCUGAACCAUGCAGUACAAUUGGUCGGUUACGACUUAUCAGCGGAUAUCCCUUACUACAUCGCCAAGAACUCCUGGGGCUCAGACUUUGGAUUAGGCGGGUAUCUACACUUGGCCAUCGGCAGCAAUAUCUGCGGGCUCGCGAAUGAGGUUGCCACAGUCAACGUUGUUUGAGUGUUGCUAGUCAAAAAAAUACAAAAUAGUCGAUAUAGGGUAACACCACCAAUCAAU